AUGCAGAGCCCGUUCGCCCCCUCCCACUUGGCCCUUCUGGCCUCCACUCAGUGGGCCUGGAUCGGGUGUGCCGCCACCGGCGCCAAGAUCCCAUUCGCACCUCUCCAAAUUUCUCAAGGGUCCGAGGGCCAUGUCCGCUUCCCUUCUCCUGGGCCAUCUCCCGGCUGCAGUUCCUGUGACUUCUCACGGAGUCAACCUCUUUUCUGUCCCCUCCAACUUUGGCCAUCCAGGUGCAUCGUGAUACAUGCUCCACAUGCCGGCCGUCAAGCUCUAGCCGAGUAUGUCUUGCUUUUCUUGCCGACCCAGCCUGGCCUCGAGAACAUGCUGUGA